ACACCUAAGCCCAUCAGCUCCCACCCGACUCAAAGCACUUCGAACACGCGACUUGAACAGGCUUGACUCCUGUCUCACCCAACCAAUACUUAUUACUUGUACCGAACCAAUGUCAUCCGGAUUAAGCGUUGCUGGAAACACAACGGUCAUUGGCGGAGGUGCUUCUGAUUUUGGCUCGAACGACUGGCAUUUGGACGAGGUACACGGUAGAAGCAGUAAGAGGAGUCCUGUAACAGAGACAGCCGGUAUUAGUGCAUCCAGCAAACACCCUCGUGUUCUCUUCGCUACUCAGGACAAUUAUAAUCUCGAUGAAGGACGCCCAUUCUUUGUGAAGAUUGAGAGGGACGGUGUCCUUGCCGCUUUAAAGAAACUCGAUGGUCAAUUGAAAUCUUGGAAUGGCAGGAGAAUUCUUUCAAAGAAGAAUCCGACAGAUUGGAUUGGUAGGGAGAUUGCCCCAGGACAAAUUGGGUUCAUCAAUCAUGGUGGAAUGCCCAAGGUCCUCACCAAGCCUGGUCGUUAUCCUGGUUUCCCUCUUCGUAACUGGUGGGCUCGAGAAUGGAACGGGACGAAAGGAAUCUCUGACACAGUUGUCGAGUUCCUCGGUCUGAUCGUCGUCCAAGUAUCUCAGAAUCAAGCAGCUGUUAUCAGCGAUCCAAAUAACCGUAUUUUCGUCGUCAAGAACGGUGGUUUCGCAGCGCUUAGCAUUGAAGGUGCUUACGAGGUGCUCGCCGUUGUUGAUCAAACGCAUCUGCCGAAUGCAGUCAAGGACCGUGUCACCGGUGCCACGCUCGGUUGGAGUCAUGAAGUUCGGAUGCGUAGCCGUACUGGUUCUGGGAAGGAACAAGAAUACGUUGUUGCGCUUUUCCUUAACAUCCCAGCAAACAACUGUGCUAUCCUGCAACGCGGAGAUGACCUUGAGCUUCUGCCUGCUGGGCAACACUACAUCACAAAUCCGAAUGUGACACUUCGUGGUCUAUUCACGCUUGGCGAGAACCAACUUGAGAUGCCUACAAAGGACAUCUUCACUCGGGAUCAGGUACCCGUUAGCCUGACGAUCUAUCUUAAGUGGCAGUUGACGGAGCCAUUGAAACUCACAACUCAUGGGUACAAUACACCGUUUGAUGCUCUUCGUGACAAGACGCAGUCUAUAUUGACACAAAUUGUUGCUCAUUUGGACUAUUCCUCGAUGGUGAAGCAACGAUCACUCGGACCUGACAAUCUUGAUUCUGGUGAUGAUGCAUCGUCUGCCUUCCUCGAUGCUCUCCGUACUCGAGCCAUGGACGAAAUGCACAUUGCUGCGCUCGAAUACGGUAUUGUCUUGAAAGAUCUGGCUGUGAUUGACCGACAGUUCAAGGGUGAAAUCGCUGCUACGAUGGACAAACUUACGACCCGUGCCCUCCAAGCUCAAGUUGAGGCUGCGAACGUCGACCGGGAGAAUAGCAACAAAGUCAAACAAGAGGAAGGAGCCCUAUCUGUCACAAAGAUCAAAGCACAAGCUCUCAAUACGAAAGCCGAUGCAGACGCAUAUCAAGUCGUUGCUUCAGCUCGCGCAGCAGCCAAGUCCACCCAAAUCGCCGCAGAAGCACAAGCCGAAGCAACGCUCCUCGCUGCACGUGCAGAGGCAGACGCUAUUCGUCUCCGCGCCGUUGCAGAUGCAGAAGUACGCGAUACAUUCGCUCGUGAGAUGCAGCUUCGUCGUAUCGAUGUAUCUCGCAUUGCGGCGUACGGGAACCGUACUGUAUUCGUGCCCGUUGGAAAUGGGACGGGGGAGAACGGCCAUCUUGCAGAGCAGGCAGGCAAUGCGAUGGCUGUAGGCUAUGCUGCUGGUUUAGGUGCUGAGCACAGCAAGCAUUGAUAAUUUCAUUGGUGUUCCUUUCUUAAUCUGGGUAUUUAUUGCCGCAACGUUGAGUAUCCUCACAUAUGCAUUCCUUACACUCUGCUGGAUCAACAUCUGAUCCUGUAACAUGUAUAAUCACAUUCGUUCAAAUAUAUAUACCUUUCAUUCUUCC